AUGCAUGUGAUCGAUGAGGAGGAGGAUGUGCCAUUGCUGUCAAUCACACGUGGCCUGGUGACCAUUGCCGACUACGUCACGGAGCUGCAGCCAGAGGAGGAUGGAGUCGAUGCCUUCCCGUUGCCUCACCCUGCCACGUCCUCCAUGCCGCCGGACGGAUUCACCGCCACCGUGGCCACCCAGAGUGUCGCCUUCACCGCCGUGGUACCUGCCGAUGGUUCGCCGAUCCUUGUCGAGAUCCAGGACUUCAAGCUGGAGGUGAAAGCACCCCCAGAGUCCCGGCCGGGUGAGCGGGUCACCUUCGACCUGAGUGCACCUCCCAAGUACGAGGUCAAGGUGCCUCCAGGCUUCAGCUCGGGAUCCUUCAUCCGGUAUCUGGACAGCCAAGGCAGGUCCCUGCAGUUUCAGAUUCCAGCAGGCAAAGGACCUGGCGAUUCCUUCACGGUCUUGCCCACAUGCAUGGUCGUGCUUGUGCCGCCUUCGGUGCAAGCCGGGGAGUUUCUGGCCUUCAAAGGCCAAGGCAACUGGAAAGACUUGUGGCUCGCGGUCAUGGUUCCGCACGCGAUCGCGCCUGGAGGGCAUUUCCCAGUGAGGCUGCCUCCCAAAUGCGACAAGCGGACAGGUACCUUGACAAACAAGGACCUCAUCAAUGCCAUCUCUGUCUUUGGCUUCAAGGUGUAG